UGACUAAAUAACCAUCUGAAAAUGUAUUAACGGUGUCGUUUACAACAAGACAGAAUAUAAAUAAGCUCUUCGUUCGCUUAAAAUCUCCUUCUGCAACUUCUUGUUGGCGGCUCAUUUCUGCUCAAAGGGGCUACAUCGAUUUGUAUCAAAAUGGCUGAAGAAACUAAGGCAGCAGCUUUUAUCCCUGAAUCCGUGUUAAAGAAACAGAAGAGAAGUGAGGAAUGGGCCCUGGCAAAGACCCAAGAACUGAAAUUAAGGAAGCAAAAAAAUGCUGAAAACAGAUCUGUUAUCUACAAGAGGGCUGAGAAAUACGCUAAAGAAUAUCAAGAACAUGAAAGGGAGCUGAUAAGCUUGAAAAGGGAGGCAAAACUGAAAGGAGGUUUUUAUGUAGAACCUGAGGCUAAACUACUGUUUAUUAUUCGUAUCCGUGGUAUCAAUGCAAUGGAUCCAAAGACAAGGAAAAUUUUGCAACUUCUGCGUCUGAGACAGAUAUUUAAUGGUGUCUUUCUCAAAGUUAACAAGGCAACCAUCAGCAUGCUGCGCAGGGUUGAGCCAUAUGUGACUUACGGUUAUCCUAAUCUUAAAAGUGUGAGAGAGUUGAUCUACAAGAGGGGUUUUGGAAAGCUGGACAAGCAGAGGAUUGCUCUGACAGAUAAUUCCAUAAUUGAACAGGCUCUGGGAAGUCAUGGAAUUAUUUGCAUUGAAGAUUUGAUUCAUGAGAUCAUGACCGUAGGACCUCAUUUCAAGGAGGCAAAUAACUUUCUCUGGCCAUUUAAGCUGAGUGCUCCAUCUGGAGGUUUGAAGAAGAAGAGAAACCAUUACGUGGAGGGUGGUGAUGCUGGAAACCGUGAGAACUAUAUCAAUGAGCUUAUUAGGAGGAUGAAUUAGAUUCUGUUGUUGUUUCAAUUAUUUUGGAUUUUGUUUCAGAGAAAGUUGAAGACUUCAGGAAUUUUUAAUGCGUUAUCAUUGUUGAGAGUUGUUUCUAAUCAAAUUAUAUUUUCUUUUCCUUGAGUUAAAUAUAUUACUGCUUUUGCUUAGUAA